GUAAAGCAGAGUUAGUACACUUAACCCUUUUGGAGAAAAUAAAUUAUUUUGACCUUGAAAAUUAAUAUAUUUUUUUUAAGGAGUAAAAUACUGUGUUUGCAUUCCUUUUUUGGAAGUUGUGGUACAGCUUAGAAUAAUAGUUUUUAACUCAUUUUUUUAAUACUGAAGGAAAAGUUAUGUCUCAGGAAGACUACUAAGCUUUUUCAACAUUAGCAGGACUUCAGGAAGAUGAUCAUUAUGAUCUUGAAGACCUUUCUGCAUAGAAAUGAGGGAAGUACAAAGAACCAAAUAUAGUUCUGAACUUUCAGAUCUGUAUUUUGAGAUGAUUUUAUUUUCAGAAUGAGAAGUAUAUCUGGUUAUCUUUAUGAAUGUAGAGACAUGAGAAGAGAGUUAUGAUGGCAAAAAACAAAGAGCCUCGCCCCCCAUCCUAUACGAUCAGUGUAGUUGGACUCUCUGGGACUGAAAAAGACAAAGGUAACUGUGGAGUUGGAAAGUCUUGUUUGUGCAAUAGAUUUGUACGCUCAAAAGCAGAUGAAUAUUACCCAGAGCAUACUUCUGUGCUUAGCACCAUUGACUUUGGAGGACGAGUAGUAAACAAUGAUCACUUUUUGUACUGGGGUGACAUAACACAAAAUGGUGAAGAUGGAGUAGAAUGCAAAAUUCAUGUCAUUGAACAAACAGAGUUCAUUGAUGACCAGACUUUCUUGCCUCAUCGGAGUACGAAUUUGCAACCAUAUAUAAAACGUGCAGCUGCCUCUAAAUUGCAGUCAGCAGAAAAACUAAUGUACAUUUGCACUGAUCAGCUGGGCUUGGAACAAGACUUUGAACAGAAGCAAAUGCCUGAAGGGAAGCUCAAUGUAGAUGGGUUUUUACUGUGCAUUGAUGUGAGUCAGGGAUGCAAUAGGAAGUUUGAUGAUCAACUUAAAUUUGUGAAUAAUCUUUUUGUCCAACUAUCAAAAUCAAAAAAGCCUGUAAUAAUAGCAGCAACUAAAUGUGAUGAGUGCGUGGAUCAUUAUCUUAGAGAAGUUCAGGCAUUUGCUUCAAACAAAAAGAACCUUCUUGUAGUGGAAACAUCAGCACGAUUUAAUGUCAACAUCGAGACAUGUUUCACUGCACUGGUACAAAUGUUGGAUAAAACUCGUGGCAAACCUAAAAUUAUUCCCUAUCUGGAUGCUUACAAAACACAGCGACAACUUGUUGUCACAGCAACAGAUAAGUUUGAAAAACUUGUGCAGACUGUGAGAGAUUAUCAUGCAACUUGGAAAACUGUUAGUAAUAAAUUAAAAAAUCAUCCUGAUUAUGAAGAAUACAUCAACUUAGAGGGAACAAGAAAGGCCAGAAAUACAUUCUCAAAACAUAUAGAACAACUUAAACAAGAACACAUAAGAAAAAGGAGAGAAGAAUAUAUAAAUACUUUACCAAGAGCUUUUAAUACUCUUUUGCCAAACUUAGAAGAGAUUGAACAUUUGAAUUGGUCAGAAGCUUUGAAGUUAUUGGAAAAGAGAGCAGACUUUCAGUUAUGUUUUGUGGUGCUAGAAAAAACACCUUGGGAUGAAACUGACCAUAUAGACAAAAUUAAUGAUAGACGAAUCCCAUUUGACCUCCUGAGCACUUUAGAAGCUGAGAAAGUCUAUCAGAACCAUGUACAACAUCUAAUAUCAGAGAAAAGAAGGGUAGAAAUGAAGGAAAAAUUCAAAAAGACUUUGGAAAAAAUUCAGUUCAUUUCACCUGGGCAGCCAUGGGAAGAAGUUAUGUGCUUUGUUAUGGAGGAUGAAGCCUUCAAGUACAUCACAGAGGCUGAUAGCAAAGAGGUGUAUGGUAGGCAUCAGCGAGAAAUAGUUGAAAAAGCCAAAGAAGAGUUUCAGGAAAUGCUUUUUGAGCACUCUGAACUUUUUUAUGAUUUAGAUCUUAAUGCGACACCUAGUUCAGAUAAAAUGAGUGAAAUUCAUACAGUUUUGAGUGAAGAACCUAGAUAUAAAGCUUUACAGAAACUUGCACCUGAUAGGGAAUCUCUUCUACUUAAGCACAUAGGGUUUGUUUAUCACCCCACUAAAGAAACCUGUCUUAGUGGCCAAAAUUGUACAGACAUUAAAGUAGAGCAAUUACUUGCCAGUAGUCUUUUGCAGUUGGAUCAUGGCCGCUUACGGUUGUAUCAUGAUAGUACCAAUAUAGAUAAAGUUAACCUUUUCAUUUUAGGGAAGGAUGGCCUUGCCCAAGAACUAACAAAUGAGAUAAGAACACAAUCCACUGAUGAUGAGUAUGCCUUAGAUGGAAAAAUUUAUGAACUUGAUCUUCGGCCAGUUGAUGCCAAGUCGCCUUACUUCUUAAGUCAAUUGUGGACUGCUGCCUUUAAACCACAUGGGUGCUUCUGUGUAUUUAAUUCCAUUGAGUCACUGAAUUUUAUUGGGGAAUUUAUUGGAAAAAUAAGAACUGAAGCUUCUCAGAUCAGAAAAGAUAAAUACAUGGCAAAUCUUCCAUUUACAUUAAUUCUGGCUAAUCAGAGAGAUUCCAUGAGUAAGAAUCUACCAAUUCUCAGGCACCAAGGGCAACAGUUGGCAAACAAGUUACAAUGUCCUUUUGUAGAUGUACCUCCUGGUACAUAUCCUCGUAAAUUUAAUGAAACCCAAAUAAAGCAAGCUCUAAGAGGAGUAUUAGAAUCAGUUAAGCAUAAUUUAGAUGUGGUGAGCCCAGUUCCCACCAGUAAGGAUGUAUCAGAAGCUGACUUGAGAAUUGUCAUGUGUGCCAUGUGUGGUGAUCCCUUUAGUGUGGAUCUUAUUCUUUCACCCUUCCUUGAUUCUCAUUCUUGUAGUGCUGCUCAAGCUGGACAGAAUAAUUCCCUAAUGCUUGAUAAAAUCAUUGGUGAAAAAAGGAGGCGAAUACAGAUCACAAUAUUAUCAUACCAUUCUUCAAUUGGGGUAAGGAAAGAUGAACUAGUUCAUGGGUAUAUAUUAGUUUAUUCUGCCAAACGGAAAGCAUCAAUGGGAAUGCUUCGAGCAUUUCUAUCAGAAGUUCAAGACACCAUUCCUGUACAGCUGGUGGCAGUUACUGACAGCCAAGCAGAUUUUUUUGAAAAUGAGGCUAUCAAGGAGUUAAUGACUGAAGGAGAACACAUUGCAACCGAGAUCACUGCUAAGUUUACAGCACUGUAUUCUUUAUCUCAAUAUCAUCGACAAACUGAGGUCUUUACACUGUUUUUCAGUGAUGUUCUAGAGAAAAAAAAUAUGAUAGAAAAUUCCUAUUUAUCUGAUAAUACAAGGGAAUCAACCCAUCAAAGUGAGGAUGUUUUUCUACCAUCUCCCAGAGACUGUUUCCCCUAUAACAACUACCCUGAUUCAGAUGAUGAUACAGAAGCACCACCUCCUUAUAGUCCGAUUGGGGAUGAUGUACAGUUGCUUCCAACACCUAGUGACCGUUCCAGAUACAGAUUAGAUUUAGAAGGAAAUGAAUAUCCUAUUCAUAGCACCCCAAACUGUCAUGACCAUGAACGCAACCAUAAAGUGCCUCCACCUAUUAAACCUAAACCAGUUGUACCUAAGACAAAUGUGAAAAAACUGGAUCCAAACCUCUUAAAAACAAUUGAAGCUGGUAUUGGUAAAAAUCCAAGAAAACAGACUUCCCGGGUACCUUUGGCACAUCCUGAAGAUAUGGAUCCUUCAGAUAACUAUGCGGAACCCAUUGACACAAUUUUCAAACAGAAGGGCUAUUCUGAUGAGAUAUAUGUUGUCCCAGAUGAUAGUCAGACUCGCAUUAUUAAAAUUCGAAACUCAUUUGUAAAUAACACCCAAGGAGAUGAAGAAAAUGGAUUUUCUGAUAGAACCUCAAAAAGUCAUGGGGAAAGGAGGCCUUCAAAAUACAAAUAUAAAUCUAAAACCCUGUUUAGUAAAGCCAAGUCGUACUAUAGAAGAACACAUUCAGAUGCAAGUGAUGAUGAGGCUUUCACCACUUCUAAAACAAAAAGAAAAGGAAGACAUCGUGGAAGUGAAGAAGAUCCACUUCUUUCUCCUGUUGAAACUUGGAAAGGUGGUAUUGAUAAUCCUGCAAUCACUUCAGACCAGGAAUUAGAUGAUAAGAAAAUGAAGAAGAAAACCCACAAAGUAAAAGAAGAUAAAAAGCAGAAAAAGAAAACUAAGAACUUCAAUCCACCAACACGUAGAAAUUGGGAGAGUAAUUACUUUGGGAUGCCCCUCCAGGAUCUGGUGACAGCUGAGAAGCCCAUACCACUAUUUGUUGAAAAAUGUGUGGAAUUUAUUGAAGAUACAGGAUUAUGUACUGAAGGACUCUACCGUGUUAGUGGGAACAAAACUGAUCAAGACAAUAUUCAAAAGCAGUUUGAUCAAGAUCAUAAUAUCAGUCUCGUAUCAAUGGAAGUAACAGUAAAUGCUGUAGCUGGAGCUCUUAAAGCUUUCUUUGCAGAUCUGCCAGACCCGUUAAUUCCAUAUUCUCUUCAUCCAGAGCUAUUGGAAGCAGCAAAAAUCCCAGAUAAAACAGAACGUCUUCAUGCAUUGAAAGAAAUUGUUAAGAAAUUUCAUCCUGUAAACUAUGAUGUAUUCAGAUAUGUAAUAACACAUCUAAACAGGGUUAGUCAGCAAAACAAAAUCAACCUAAUGACAGCAGACAACUUAUCCAUCUGUUUUUGGCCAACCUUGAUGAGACCCGAUUUUGAAAAUCGAGAGUUUCUGUCUACUACUAAGAUCCAUCAGUCUGUUGUUGAAACAUUCAUUCAGCAGUGUCAGUUUUUCUUUUAUAAUGGAGAAAUUGUGGAAACUGUGAACACUGUGGCUCCUCCACCACCUUCAAACCCAGGACAGUUGGUGGAACCAAUGGUACCGCUUCAGUUGCCACCACCUUUGCAACCUCAGCUGAUUCAACCACAGUUACAGACAGAUCCUCUUGGUAUUAUAUAAGUACGAACUGAUUGCAGACAGCCUGAAUUUGGACAAAAAGCAAAUCUAGGCAUGCAUGUUUCAGGGUUCAGUAGUAUACUUGAUUUUUCUUACAGGUAAUUCACAGUCAAAAUGAUGAGACAUUUUCUCUUUGAACUAUAUGGUAUAAUUCCUUAGUCAUUUACAUUACAAAUCUAACAUGUGAUAAGCAUGACUGGAGAGGUUUAAUUUUUAUAAACAAAAAUAGCUAUAAAAUACAAAGCUGCUGUUGCAUGCAACCUUAUUGCAAUCAGUAUAUCAUUCCUGUGGCAUUUUCUGUCACAUUAUAUUGUGAAUAAAAUUUUUCUAUAGAAAUUAAAUGAUUUAAAAACUCACAUAUAUGAAACAUUUAAUGCUUUUCAGCCUGCUUUAUGGCUGAUUUUGUUAUUUGAUGUGCUGAUUUGGGCAACUUAAUUUACAUUUUAGCAGUCUGUGUAGAUAACUAAAAGCCCAGUUAAGUAUUUUAUAAUUUCAGGCUACUUACGCCAUGCUUGGGAUGUUGUUUGAAAGAAAGAAAAAUACACUUAUCAUAUUUCUGCACCUUCAUCUUUACUUCUAAAUAAACCUGUGGAUGAUUUGAUGAGGGGUAAAUGAACAUAUUUCUUGUACACGCAUACCAAGGAUAUACUUGUGGCUAAAGUGAGUUGAUAAUAUUGUGCAAAGGAUAGUUGUCACCAACUCAUUUCUUUAUGGUCCAUAAUGAAAUAAACAUCUUGUAUACUGUUAAUUCUGUAAACAGAUGCAUGUUCAAAAGAUCUAUGAUGGUCUUGUAAUCUUAAUCUAAUAUAUUUUAGAUAUUUUAAUUUUUUCCCUCUUGGGAAAUACAUUUAGUAUAGUGUAGAAAAUACUUCAUGACAUUUUCAUAUAAGGUUAUAUAACUUUUCGUACAUAAACAUGAAAUUUGUUGUAGAAAAUUCUUUAAACCAAACAUUUUAAUCUAGGACUUCAAUUUAAUCUGUUCCUUGAAUCUAUUUUUAUGUGGCCCUUAAAAACAUAUCCAAAAGUCCAUUGCUAAUAUAGCAAUAAAAAUACUUUGGGUACUGACAGCCUCUUUGGAGUGUGUACAUAUAAAGUUGCAAACUUGUAUUCAUAUUCUUUUCUGUGAUAUGUUGUACUAAAAUCCAAAAUGCUUUUGCACCAUUUUUUAAAACAAUUUUUUUUGAUGUUGGUACCAGAUUUGCUGUAAAUGAUUGCUGCUUUGGGGGUUAAACAUUUUGUUAGUAAAGAUCCAACCAGAACACUAAAUUACGGAUAAAAAUUUCAGAACUGGUGGCAUAAAUUUUUUUAGGCUUUAGUCAAAAUUUGUUUAUUACCAAACCAUGCCAUUUUUUUCUGGAAAGGAAAAAAAAAUGGUUUGUUUUUCCUUGUUAGGUUAUCUUUUCCUGUAGGAAAGAGGAAAUUCUUUGGUCCGUGUUGUAAUCCUCAUUCAUAAUACAAUUUUAAGGUUGUCUUAUGUGUAUUAUAGUAAAUAGAUGAUUUUGAGAUUGGAGGCUCCUAAGAGUUUGAUUUGCUCCAUUUUUCCCUAAAAUAAAUACCGUCUUUCCCAACUGUUAUGUCCUAGGUAUUGUACUUCUAAUUUUAACUUCAGAAUCAAGAUGUCAACAUCAACCAGGCUGCUGUUGAAGUACAUGUAUAUUAUAAAUUAUCUUAUUUGUGUUAUACUCUUACAUGUUAUUAUCUUUUCUAAGAAAACAAAGUCCCUAUUAUUCCUAUUGCAAAGCACACAGGAAUUAAGAAAGUACAGUAAUUUUUAAAAAGAAAAAUCCGGUAAAUGUAGUAUUCUUAACUUGUUCUAUAUUACUUAAUAACCUAUUGUCUAUAUAGCUUUAAUUUAUAGCUGUCAGUUUAACAUUGGCAUGUCUGGCAAAGAAAAUUAAACUUUAAGAGUUUUAUAAACUGUUUCUAGGUUGCUAAAGAAUUUAUUUUUCUACUAUAUAUGGUAUAGACAAAGCUCAAAACUAUGUACAGGAAAAAAGCCUGACUAUUUCUUUUGGAAGUAGGCUGAAAAGAGAAUUUUCAGAACUGUUCUUGUCUUCAGUUCAUUUGGUCAUGACUUUGCUAUUGUAAUAUGUGAAUCCCAGUUUAUUUAAGCUAUUCUCUUUUAUACUUUGUUAAUUUAACUUUCAUGUACAUUAAGUACCAUUUUUGUUAUUAAAACUAGCAUUUAUCAUUUUCCACAUUAACUACCUUACACCUUCCCCAAAACUUAUCUCCACUUUUCUAUGCAUUCUAUAAUUGAUUUGAAAAGCUUCAUAGUGGGUCAUUUAAAAUUCUACAUUUGGUUCAAUUAACCUAUAGGUUUCAGUUAAUUGAAAAUUAAAGUACAGUUUAAAGCUCAGUCUGUUACACUGAAUUGAUUGCGUUUGUUUUUGCCAAGGGUUUAGAUAUGUUUUUAAAUAUUAGAAAAAUAAUUCUAAGGACAGAAUAAUAUAAUUAAACUUUGCUUUGGUAAGUUACUGGAAGGUCUCACUGUUUAGGGACAUAUUAUAUAUGAGACUUAAAGGAUGAAAAGGAUAUUAGAUAGUCUCAUAAUUAUGGGUAAACAUUAAGGCAUUAUAUUUUACAAUUUUAAAUAAAAUUCCAUCUACACACAUGUUGCCAUUGUUUCAUUUAAGCUUCAGUGCUUGUAGUUACUACAAUAUUGUACUUAACAGUGGUUAGGUUAGCAAUAUAAAGAUGCAUAGUGGUACUCCUUUUCAAAUUUUUAAUAGAUUUAUUGGAAGUCAAAUUUAUUUCAACAGACACUAGGAUAUACAAUUAAUUUUAGAACAAAAUUCCAGGCAUAAUGUAUUUCCAUUUGAAAUGGUAUUUGUUUAGUGCUUUUUCCCCCCAACAUUGACGAUGUAAAUACUGUGUAGGUAACCACAAUCUAACUUAGCCAAAAAGCAGCUUUUAUUUUCCAUACUGUGUGUAAAUAAUGUAGACCCUUUUUUUUUUUUUUUUUAAGGUACUGGAAUUUAAUUUCUAAUAUCUCUUAGAUAUAAACAAAAGGGAACAAUUGGAAUAAGAUUUAGGCCUUAGCUUCCAUGGUGAUUUUUAGUUUUUUAUACGGUAAUAAUUGUGAUGCUAUUUGUCAACUGGAUAUAAAUAUAUAUAUAAUUUUAAAAAGUCAAAAGUGCUUUGUUUCUUUGUUUAUAAUUAAUGUAAUUUUGUGCUUCACCCACAGGAUGCUGCAGUAAAUUAAAUAUCAGUGAAGCUUCUUCUGUAUAAAGAAUGCUCUGAAUAAAACAUUAAGAAGCUGUGUAAUUUUAA